AAUUCUCUUAAAACAAAAAGAAGUAUUGGUCUUUCUAAUUCUUCCUAAAGCACUCAACUUUUUUUGGUAUCAUAAAGAAAACCCUACAGAAAUGGCCAUCAGAAAAUCAAACAAGCUAUCACAAGCUGUACUUUUGAAACAAAUUUUGAAAAGGUGUUCGAGUUUGGGCAAAAAGCACGUCUAUAACGACGAAGAUUGCCUUCCCGUUGACGUACCAAAAGGUCAUUUUGCAGUUUACGUAGGAGAAAAUCGAACUCGAUACAUCGUACCAAUUUCUUUCUUGUCUCACCCUGAAUUUCAGUGCCUCCUCCGUUGCGCUGAGGAAGAAUUUGGCUUCGAUCACGACAUGGGCAUCACCAUUCCAUGCGAAGAAUUGGUUUUCCAGUCACUGACUAAUAUGCUGAGAUAGUAAAUAAAGUAUUUGAAAAGAAGAAAAAAGAGUGAAUAGUAGGUGUUAGGUUUUGUAGUGAAGAAAGAUGGGCUCAAGAUGAAGCAAUUUUUAGUCUUUUUGCUUCUCUUUUUUUCUAACAUCUUUCUUCACUUUUUCUUUUUAUGUGACCUUCCUUUAACGUACUCUGACCUAGGAACCACAUGAUAUUUGUAGUGUUUUUUAUGGGUCAGAAUCAGAAUUUGUAUAAAUUUUUCCUUGCAGUGGUGUUUUUAAGCACACUGUGAGAGAAGUGAAUGUCAGCUCUCAAUCUAUAUAUUAUGCCACUUUCGAUAUUUUAGUGUUUCUCAA